AUGGGCCCUUUAGUCUAUGCUGACCACCCCUUUCCGCUCAUUCCAACCCCUAUUUUCCAAAGUAAAGAGGUUAUCUUCCAGAAAGACAUGUUCACAGCAGCCGCCACGGAAAUGGCAUGUGUGCAUAACAUGCUGAUCCGAGGCCUCAACGCAAUCUGGCUGCAGGCACCCUAUAUCACCGAAAAAGACGAAAAAGCCUUCCUGCAUUUCAUCAACGUCUGGCACCUUCUCUUGCAAACACACCAUACGGGCGAAGAAGACACCUUUUUCCCCUUACUGGCAGAAAUGACGGGCGAAAAAGAAAUCAUGAAGGCAAACGUGGAACAGCACCACGCAUUUGAAAAGGGCGUACUCUGCUUAAUCAGCUACGUGAGUGCCUGUCUCACGAACCAAGUGGAGUACAACGGCGCCCGGAUUGUCCAGCUGGUCGACAGUUUUGCCUCGGUGCUCGUCGAGCACCUUAGUGACGAGAUACCUACGCUGCUAGACCUGAGGUGUUUUGGGGAUAAGCUAGCUGGGAUGCCGGAGAAGCUUGCGAAGGAAGGGGAGAAGCACAUGAAAGCGAUGGGACUCUUCAAAGGAGCUGUUUUCUGUUUGGCGACGCAUGACCUUGCGUAUGAGGGUGGGCUUCAUACGAAUUUCCCACCGAUUCCGAAGGUUUUACUGUGGGCACUUCGGAAUUUGGGCUGGUAUGUACAUUCCGAUUGGUGGCGAUUCGCGCCUUGUGAUCGUCAGGGUAAAAUGAGGCCAUUGUACGCAGCUAUUACAAAAGCACCCCAGUAG